CUAAGAGUAAUGAGAAUAACUUAACUUAAAUUAUGAGUGCUAACAAAUGCUGUAGCAAAAAUAGAAGGAAAACAAAUGCUUAAAACGAGAUUCAAAAUGGCAGCUCCCACGAUCGCCCGUGUUUUGCACCAGAUUGUCUCCUUCAUCGUGCCUACAGGAAGCAUUCCGUGGAUAUAACACAUUAACGUGGGCUUAUAACACCCUCAGAUAUGUUAAGUGCAGCUGUUGUGUUUAGUUGCCACCAGGGGCGGCUGGCACUCAGAAUUCCAUCUUUUAUUGCGCAGCAUGAGCUUCAUUUGUCAGCUAGAGCAGCCAUGUCAUGGAAGUCUAAUGGAGAUUUGUAUGAGAAGUUUGUGGAAUUAGACAAAAACAACCAUGAUGAUUUCCAGGCAGAUACAUACAACAGACAUUAUAACAAAUUGGUUACUAAAAGUGAUGAAGAAAAAGUUAGAAAAAUUCUCAAGUGGAAGAUUUUGAAGAGGAAGUACUUCAGCCCACCACCAGAAACUAAUUUAUUAACUUGGGAUGCUAAAGAGCAGAUACGUUAUCUCCACCGUGAAUUUCCUCAAGAGUGGACUGUAGACAGACUGAGUGAAAGUUUUCCAGUGAGCCGUCAUGGUAUAAUCCAAAUUCUCAAGUCUUCAUAUGUUCCCCGUGACCUACAGGAAAUUACUAAACAUGACAACAGAGUAAAUAAAAAUUGGCAGUUGUUGACUGAAGGAGGAGGCAAAGAGGGAGGGCCUGUUGCACUGUUGUAUGAAGAAUUGGUGAAAAGUGGCAACAUUAAGAAGAUGAAAACUGCAUCGGGAAUUCCAGGUUUACCUGUUCCAGAGAGAAAGAUGCUUGUAUCUGGUCUUAAAGAAUAUGAUACUUCUAGGACUAUUGGUCCAUUUGAGGCACUUGUCCAAAAAGAAGAUAGUCAAAUGAAGAUGGAGGCUCCAAAAAAGCUUGAAAGUGGUAGUGGGACAUCUGUGUAUGUAAUUGAUGAUCAGGUAAAAGACCUACUUAAUAAAGUAGCAUUUCCUGAAGGACAGACUACUGAUGGAAGUAACAUGGAAAAGGAGCUUUAUAAACCUGCACAAGUAAAGGAUGAUUAUCUGGCUUACAGAAGUAGAGGGCACUUCAGUCAGUUUGAUGAAAAUGAUACCGAUUCUAUUCACCAUCAAGACAUUUAUAACGAAGUACAAAAUGAAGAAAAUGCAACAAGUCCUUCAUACCAGCCUUUAGAAAGAAAAUUUAAAAGAGGCAGAGGACGAUUAAGAAAUAGCAUUGACUAUGAUAAUAAAAUUGGACAAUUCACCAGCGUGAAAGAUGAAAAUGAACUGGGUGUUCUUUUAAAGGAAUAUCAAUACAAAGGAACAAGGAAACUGUCAGAAAGUAAAGAUUCAGAUGGUGCUCCUGUCCCUACAGCCUCUGUCUCUGCCAACAGAAUAAAGUCAAUGGAACAAGAGAAUCUGAAAGCAACAGAUAAACUACAUAGCAACAAUGCAGAAACUGCAAUGAAUCCCUACGAGAAGCCAGUUGAAAAGGCUCGCAAGGAGAUACUGGAUAAAAUAAAAUAUGACAAAGACCCAUAUGUAUAUGACUAUGAGACAGGAUAUCAAAAACCAUUUGGAACAAAAGUGACUCCUAGAGAUUCUUAUAUGAAGAUUAAGGUGUCUGGUUCUAAAGCUAGGUUUUACCAAAAAGACAAUGUCAUUUAUGAUGAAAAUGGGGAGUUUUUGAUUAAAAUUCCCACAUAGAUUCAUAGAUUGCCACAAUUGUAAAUUACAAAAUGUCUCGUAUGAAACACACAGAAUUAUACUAUUUUAUGUCUUUUUAUGCUAGAAAAUGUCAUCAAAUUUGGUUCUGUGCUUUGUAAUAAUUUGAGCCCCCUUUAUGGGUUUUGGUAAAUCAGAAUGGGAAAUUACUUGGUCAUGUUGAAAUGCGUACAAAAUUCAAAAUUCCAUAAUAAAUACAUUUUAACCAACACAAAGGAAUAUAAUGAAUUUCAUUUUUACCAUCAAACCAGCAGUGCUCACAAUUAUUCUGGAAUAUGUGCUUGCCAUUGGACCAGUGCACCAUGUGGACCUUCAGAGAUCUACGUACUCUUCACAUUAAAAAACAAGGCAGCAAAGCUGU